UCUAAUAAUAUCAUCGUUUCAUUUAUUAAAGAGGUGUUCUUCGACUGUCAACUGUCUCCUGUCUUGCUGUGUUUUGUUUGAUUGUGUGUUCAAUAACACUUUGUGCUCUCUCUGUUCAACUUCGGUGAUAUAUUGUAUCUUUGUGCUUCUAUUGGUGAAAAAUAUGAAUGCGGAACGUCUGAAUAUUGCAAGUUUGGAAGAAUUUCCUCCACUUGGAUCUUCUACUAAAAAGGUAAUCUGGUCAAAUCCGUCGUUGCCUUCUUCAAGUUCUCAGAGUGAAAAGUCUGCGCCAAUGGUAGAUACUUUAACGGAAAAUACAAAGAGAAUGUCGAUAGAACAUGUUGAAGUAGAUGAAAGUGUUAAAUCUUCGGGUAAAUCCCUUCGGGGAAACAAAAAUAAUUUUGAGAAAAAAGUAGUCGAGUAUAUCGUAGUUCAGGUCGGGGAAAACGACGUAAUUGGAGCUAGAUUGAAUCAAAAAUCGAAUGUAAAUUGGCCAUGUUUCGUCUCAGUUGCUAAUAAAAUUGCUGAAAAUAGUGAAGGGUUCAGUAAUAAACUGCAAUUGGGAGAUAGAGUUUUUAUUUCUGAUUUCCAAUGGAGAGUUGGCUACGAAACUUUGGCUCGAAAUGAGUUUGAAGUCAGUCAGAACAGAAAAAAUUGGAAUGUUGGUCGAAUUAAUCCUCAGGCAAUAAUUAAAGAGAUUGAAUUCAUUCAUCAUGCGAACAGAAGAGACUUUCCUGGUGUUGUAAUAAGUCUGAAGCGGGGUGGGAAAUAUAACAGCUUGUUGUGUUGUUUAGUCAUUUCGGCGGGUUUACAAGUCUGUUCUAAAUGCUAUAGGAGACAGUUGGUAGAUUUGGACUUGGAUGAACUAGAAAUUGGACAGCUGGUGACGGUUUCUGUUGCUGAAAUUCCUGAACAAUGUUUAGUUGACGAGGCUUACCUUCUUCCGCCACAAUCAGAGUUCAAAACAGGUUCUGAGGAAAUGAUAAGAGAUGAUCUAGGUGUUCUCGGAACAGUACGUUCUCACUCACCGUGGCAUUACAAGCGUGAGGGUAAAAAUGUCUUCUAUCCGUUAGUUCCGCAAAUGUCUAUUGAUGAAGUCGAACUUUGUGAAAGCAUAAUCAGUGCCGCGAUUGCAUAUUCGUUCGAAGAUGAAAGGAAGAAAAUUAUCGAAAAUCGAUUCGAAGGUGCGGCAUUAUAUUGGGACAAACAAUUCUACUUGAAGUUUUCUGAAAUUGACUCUAUGAAAGUUAAAAAUUUGAAAAGUGUUUGGGCAGUUGAUGAUCAAGUAGAACUCAAGUCCAGUAUGCAACACCCUCAUUUUGGUCUUGGAGUAGUCAAGAAAAUUGAAACGGAAAAUGUCAGGUCCUUCGGGAAUCUCAAAUUUAAUUUUAGUAUAGUGAUAAGAGUUCUGAAUGUUCAAGAACGUAGAAAUCGUGAUACAGAGGAAGAAUUUUUGAAUGCGCAAGAUGGUGGUUUGCUUGUUCGAAUAUGCCGUCUCGUUUAUCGGAAUUAG